CGUUGCCUAGAGCCCUUGAUUCUCAACGCUCGCUGUUUUCGCGGAUGCCAUGCUGGGGUAAGGGCUUUGGAGAGAAAGGGCAUUUGCCUGUAUCCGGGUUAGACAUGGAAGGAAAAAAGUUUCAUGCCUGUCUGAAAACGUUUAACAUGAGAAUGCUCUAACAGACGGUAUUUAUGCUGAUAUUCGAUACUCUUGCGCUCUUUUUCAUUUUACGCUAACGUCGUUUUCUAGUUAGCUAACGUUAGCUGGCUGGCUUCUUUUCGUGUUCUGCUUUUCUUCCUCUUUUUUUCCAUUAGCCAGUUAGCUUGCUAGCGCGACUGGAUUUAAUGCCUGAGAUGUGGACUUGAUCAUGGCCGCACAAGUGGCAACAGCCCCAACAUCAAAUGGUAAGAAAAGGUCGAAUUUAGCUAGUAGCUUGAGUCAAGAUUUGAAAUCUGGCAAGUCUGGAGUAGUUGGUGGAGCUGUGCUUGGGGUAGGAAAUGGGACUAGCGUUCAUGCUAUGAAUAAUGUAGAACGCCAUGAACUGAACCCGACCAGCAGAGCUCGAGCUUCUCCUGCAAACAACGAUUCAAAUCCACGUGAGAAGGAAAGUGGAGACUCUAGAUCGGCGUCUUUUUCGACUUCAAAUUCUAGUAUGAGUUCGGGAAGCAUGGAGACGGGAAUGUUUGUGAGUCAUAAAGUGAAAAAUGUUGGUGGCGGAGAUACUCCUCCAUCUCUCCACCACACACCUCCACAGCAACAGCCAUUCAAUCAAUUCAUUCAGCACCAACAACGCCAAAUUCAGAACAACAACCAGCAGUCGCUACAUGGAGAAAUUGGAAACCGCCAACAUGGAGGAAAAGAUAAUGUUGUUUUAGGGAAUCAAGUCGAACGCCAUCAGCAACAGGAAAUGCUGAAUAAAAGUGAGGACGACCAACCGAUCAAAACGGAAGACCGUUUGGACAGCAGGUACGACCAUGCCAGUUCGGGGCCAACGAAUAACAACAUCAACCCGUCCCAAAGUGGUUCCAACUCAGUUUCGGAGUUUAAUAGUUAUUAUGGAAAUGGAAAAGGAGGGCCUUGCUUUGAUCAACAUGGCGGACAACAAAGCCCAGGGUCUGGGAUAAUGCAUUCGGUACAACAGAAUAUGGAUCAAGUUCAACAAAACUCCCACGAAGGGUACCACAACAACCCGUACAACCACUACCCGACCUACCGACCUGGCUACGGUAACAGUGGAUAUGGGAUGAUGAGUCCCUCUCGGCAGGGGAACAACAUGAUGGGCCUAGGCAGCAACACGGCUGCUGCUAAUCAUAGCAAAGCUGCCAUGGCCGCUGCCUCUUCUUCUGGUGGUGCUAAUGUUGGAGGGUUUCAGAGAUUUCCAGGGCAAAGUCAGCAACAUCCUUCGGGGGCUACCCCAACUCUAAACCAGCUACUGACAUCCCCGAGCCCUAUGAUGCGGGGCUAUGGCGGUGGCUAUCAAGAUUACACUAAUCCCUCUUCUCAACAACAACAAUCAAGCAUGGGGCUGACCAAAGACAUAAACCCCCAAUACGGUUCAGUUAUUCAUGGUUGGGGAGGACAACAAAGAAAUCACCCUGCCAUGAGCCCUGGAAACAACGGACAAGGAAGCGGCAGAUCACAGGUGCCACCCAUGGACGCCAUGGCGGUGAAGCGUUCUCAGCUCUACGGCAUAGGCAACAACCCUUACUCCCAGCAACAACAGGGCGGGGGCGGGUCUUACCCUGGCCAGCCAUAUGGAUCGCCUUCUCCUCACCGCUAUCCAAUGGGAAUGCCCGGGAGGGGUCAGAUGGGCAUGAGUGGAAUGCAGUAUCCUCAACAGCAGCAGCAGAUGGUAGCCCAGUAUGGACAGCAGGGGCAGCAGGGUGGCACGGGUGGGUUCUGCCAGCCGCAGGGCCAGUCCCCGUACUUCAGCCCUCCCCAGCAACAGUCCGCCGCCCCCACACAGUCCCCCUACAUGCAGCCACGCCCACCACCACAGCAGGAUGUGUCACAGGAGGGCUAUGGCAACAGGGGCCAGUCUGCUAUGACCCCUGGGAAGCCCAACCAUGAGGAGAUGGGCCUCAGCCAGCAGGACAGACCCUCCAGUCUACCUGACCUAUCUGGCUCCAUAGAUGACCUUCCUACGGGCACGGAGGUGGCCAGCAGCUCAGCGGUUAGUGCUUCGGGGUCCACCAGCAGCCAGGGCGAGCAGAGUAACCCGGCCCAGUCGCCCUUCUCACCCCACGUGUCCCCACGCCUCCCUGGCCUGCGCAGCGGCCCCUCGCCCUCCCCCGUGGGAUCCCCCGUUGGCUCCAGCCAAUCACGCUCCUGCCCCAUCUCCCCCGCCAGCGUCCCAGGCACCCAGAUGGCCCCCCAGACCCCUGGGAACGUGUCUGAUGUGGGCUCCCAUUCCACCCUGAGCCAAUCCCCCAUGUCUCAGGAGAGAGGGUUCCCACCUGCCAUGCAGCGGAACACCCCAGGCCCCCAGCAGUCAGGCCAGGGGCCCCCCAUGUCCCCUCACCCCUCCCCGGGGGGCUCCAUGCACCCGGGCUCCUAUCAGCAGCAGCAGGGGGGCCCUGGCCCCUCGUUCGGAUCCCAGACCGGCCAUUACGGCCCCCAAGGUAACUACCCCAGACCCCCGAACUACGGCGGGGCUCCCAGUGCCAACUACAGCGGCCCAGGCCCUGGCAUGAGCAACAGUUUGGGCAUGAAUGCCAGCAGCCCCAUGCAUGGCCAGGGCCCCGGACAGCCCUGUGGCUCCAUGCCCGCCGGGCGAGGCUUGGGUCUGGUGGCCAGCGGGCGCCCCUACCCCUGUGCCACCACCAACACCAUGGCCCCCACCUCUCCCAGCAUGCCGCAGCCUGCCGGACAGGGUCAGGGCAUGAGACCGCCCCUGCCCAACAUUAAUCGCAAGCCGGGCCACGAGGCAGGACCCGGCCCCAACACCAUGCAGGGUCCAAACGCUGGUCCCAACCCCUCUGCCCAGGGCCGGCAGGGAAUUACCCCCAUGCCCCACCACCACCCAGGCAUGAACCCAAUGGGCCCCAGCCCUGGAGGCCUCUACAGCCAGCAGCCAGGGGCCAACACCGCUGGAAGGAUGACCCCACAGGGGCCCCACCCGCUCUUCAACGCACCCCCACCCUCAGGGCCCAUGCAGAUGGGAGGAGAGGGGAUGGUGGGUCCCCCUGACCCCAAACAGAAACCUCCAGAGCAGCACAGGGAGGGCAACACUCCUGCCCCUGCCGUCGAACCACCACCUAAACCCAAGAAGCCCAGUCCGGCCACCAUGACCAAUGAGAAGAUCCGCAUCCUGUAUGAGAUGGGCGGGGAGCCCGAGAGGAGAAUGUGGGUGGACCGCUACCUUGCCUUCAUGGAGGAGAGGGGCACGCCCGUACCCAUGCUGCCUGCCGUGGGCAAGAAGCCCCUGGACCUAUGCCGCCUCUACCUGUCUGUCCGAGAGAUAGGAGGCUUGGCUAUGGUGAACAAGAGCAAGAAGUGGAGGGAGCUGUCCACCCACCUCAACGUGGGCACAUCCAGCAGCUCCGCCAGCUCUCUGAAGAAGCAGUACAUCCAUUACCUGUUUGCCUUCGAGUGUAAAGUGGAGCGGGGAGAGGAGCCGCCACUGGAGAUACCAGGAGAAACCAAGAAACAGGCCCAGGCGCACCAGGCUAGGAUCCAGCCGCCCUCACCAGCCAACUCCGGCUCCCUGCAGGGACCCCAUACCCCCCAGUCCACAGGCAGCAGCUCCAUGAGUGAGAUGCCAGAGUGUAUGAAGCGCCCCACCCCAGCCACCACACCCCACGGACACAUGACCCCACAGCCAGGCAACAGGAACAGUGGUGGUAUCCGUGUCCAGGAUCCCUUCUCAGAGAUCAGUGACCCUGCCUUCCACAAGCGAGGGCCCAUGCCCCCUGGCGCCCCCUAUCAGCAGAGUGGAGGUAGUUCAGACCCCUCCAUGAGGAUGCAGUAUGACGCCAACAAAGACCUCUAUGGAGGGCCCCGGAAAGGGGGCAGUGAGCCCUAUGGACCAGGUCAGAUGCCCAGCGGUGCCGUGCAGGACAUGUACCCCCGUGGUCCUCCCUCAGGAGUCAUGCCAGGGAUGGGCAUGGGCCCCGGCCCCGGCCCGCGGCCACAGUACCCCUACGGGCCUGGCUACGACAGAAGACCAGACCAUGUGAUGGGUUCGGAGGGGGGUAUGGCUCCCCCUGGGGGUCAGAACAACAUGGGACCUUCCAGCGGUGACCCCAGCAUGUACUCUGCCAACAGAUACCCUCAUCAGAGGCCACAUGGACAUGAGAGUUAUGGGCAGCAGCAAUACCCCCACGGCCCCAUGCCCUACGGAGCUCACCAGCCUGGAAUGUAUCCACAGCAACAGGGCUAUAAGAGGUCAGUAGGACCAGAGGUUAUGUACGGUCCCCCUGCUAAGCGCCAUGAGGGUGAGGCCUACGGCAUGCAGCAGCACGGAGGGCAGCAGCCAGGCAUGUACAGCCAGUACGGAGGAAGUUACAUGGGGCCAGAGCGCAGGCCCAUGCAGGGCCAGUACCCUUACCCCUAUAGCCGAGACCGCAUGGGGGCCACCCAGGGGCCCCCGCAACACGGCAUGAUGAGCGGAGGGCCCCCCUCCUCCGGAGCCUCUGCAGAGGGCCCCCAGGUCAACAUGUGGCACCCCAGGACAGACAUGGGCUACACCGGGCUGUACCGUGGCCAACUGGGCCAGGGGCCCCCUUACCCUGGUAUGGGCCGGGGCCCGGGGGAUGACCCAGAGGGAAGGAGCUCCCCAGAUGGGCAGUGGCCCACCGGACCCUCAGGCCAGCGCCAGCCCCCGUAUCCACCCCACUCCUCCUCGGCCUCCUCCUCCAUGCCCCCAAUGGCAUCCAGACAGCCCCCCUCCUCCUACCAGUCCAACCCCACCCUGGCCAACCACAUCUCUAGAGCCCCCAGCCCCUCGCCCUUCCCCCGGCACAUGGGGGGAUCCGGACCCCUGUCCCCCAACAACGGGGGCCACUACAUGGCCUCUCUGAAGAAGGCAGGGAUGCCCGGAUCCAUGCCAGGCUCACACGGCGGAGGGAUGCCAGGGCAGGGCAUUCUACCUCUCCACAGAGAUAUCAGCUUCCCCCUGGGGUCAGUGGAGGCCACCCUGCCCAAACUCAAGGCCCGACGUAGACUUACCUCCAAGGAGACCGGAACCCCGGAGGCGUGGCGCGUGAUGAUGUCCCUGAAGUCGGGUCUGCUGGCGGAAAGCACGUGGGCCCUGGACACCAUCAACAUCCUGCUGUAUGACGACAACACUGUGUCCUCCUUCACCCUGUCACAGUUGCCUGGCUUCCUGGAGCUGAUAGUGGAUUACUUCCGCCGGUGCCUGAUCGAGAUCUUUGGGAUCCUGGAUGAGUAUGAGGUGGGCACAGAGGAACAGAGGACGCUGCUUGGACCAAUCGCAGACCCCGCAGACCAGGAGGAGGAGCCUGCCAUUCCAGAGCUCGGCAGCCAAUUACGCGAAGAGCAGAGGGAUAGCAGGCCAGAAGAGGCGGGGACAGAGAAGCCCACAGCCAACGGCAGCACAGAGGAGACGGUCCCAGAGGAGAAGACGGAGGAGCCUGUCGAGGUGACUGUGAAAGAGGAGAAGGUAGAGGGGGAAGAAACUGAGAUGGGGGCAACCACGGAGCAGUCUGAGCCUCCCCAGCCCGAGGUGCCCCCAGAGCCCAGGCCCAAACAGGCCAGUAAGUACGACAAGCUGCCUGUGAAGGUGGAGGAGAAGAGUGCGGAGGAGGACCAUGUGGAGGAGCACCAGGGACUCAGCCUGCCCAGGGGCUUCACCUCCGGCCUGCUGCACUGGAAGGCUGGAGGGGGGGACUCCACGGCCCACAUCCAGACACACUUCGAGAGACGCAGCGAAGAGACAGACAGAAAGCAUACAGAGAAGAGUGUAGGGGAGCAGCAGCAGGAAGAGAGGAAGGUGGAAGAGGGGGCCGUGACUGAGGGGGCCACUGUGGAUGAUAUGCUGAGUGCCCGACCAGGUUCUCGGUCUCUGUCAGAGAGGAACGAUCUUACUGGGACCUUCUCCAUUGGAAUAGGGGCGCAGACCCAAAGCCCCAUCUUCACCCUGCUGGAGGACGAGCCUCGCUGCUGGGACGAGGCGCCCCUCUCUACGGCCGAACCCUGGCAGGACGCCCUGGCCCGCCGCUGUGUCUGCGUCUCCAACAUCGUCCGCGGCCUCUCCUUCAUCCCAGGGAACGACAACGACAUGUCCCGCCACCCGGGCCUAGUGCUGAUCCUGGGGCGGCUGGUCCUGUUGCAUCAUCUGCACCCCCAGAGGAGGAGGACGCCCCCCAGCUACCAGAGAGAGGAGGAGCAGGGCCGGGCCUGCAGCAAGGACGAGUGGUGGUGGGACUGUUUGUCAGCACUCAGGGAGAACACUCUUGUCACCUUAGCUAACAUCUCAGGUCAACUAGACCUGUCCCUCUACCCAGAGAGCAUCUGUCUGCCCAUCCUGGACGGCCUGCUCCACUGGAUGGUGUGCCCCUCUGCCGAGGCCCAGGACCCCUUCACCACGGCGGGCUGCUCCUCCUCCCUUACCCCCCAGAGAUUGGUGCUGGAGUGCCUGUGCAAGCUGAGCAUCCAAGACAACAACGUGGACCUCCUGCUGGCCACGCCGCCUUUUAGUCGUCAGGAGAAGCUUUACGCCACCCUGGUGCGCCACGUGGGCGAGCGGAAGUCCCAGGUGUGCCGGGAGAUGGCGGUGGCUGUACUCUCUAACCUGGCGCAGGGGGACCCGACGGCGGCGCGUGCCAUCGCUCUGCAGAAGGGCAGCGUGGGAACACUCAUCGGCUUCCUGGAGGACUGCGUGGCCAUGGCCCAGCACCAGCAGGGACCCCACAACCUGCUACACCCAGCACCAAUACCCCACCCCGAACCCCCCAGUGUUAACAUGAUGUGCAGGGCCGCCAAGGCUCUGCUGGCUAUGGCUAAGGUGAAGGAGAACCGGCCAGAGUUUGUGCUCUACGAGAGCAGGCUACUGGAUAGCUCUCUGUCCUCUGUGCUGAGCUCGGCCGUGGCGGCCAUCAUGUGUGAAGUACUGUUUAAGAUUGGACGCUCCUCGUGACAGCCACAGGCAAAGACACAGUGGGAGGGAGGCUUGGUCUGACAACCAGGCUACAGUGAACACGAACACAUGGGUGUGGGUGGUAUUAUAUUUUUAUUUAAAUAAAACACCAAAAAAAUGUUUUUACAUACAAAUAAAUAUAUAGAAUAUAUAUAGCUCCUAUGCCCCAUUCACAACCUUCAUUUGGGAUUUUUAAAUCAUUUUAAUACAAAUAUUUAAUACUUGGUAUUUUACAUUGUUUUCUAUUAUUUUUAUUUGUCGGUUCGUUUUUGUUUUAACCAAAGUUGGCACCCGAUGAUCGAGAACGUACUUUAGUUUUGGGGUCUCUUGCUCUUAAAAAAUGUUUGGUAAUUAUAUGUGGCUGUUUGUCUGUGUGGGAUCUUUUUGAUGGUUGUUUUCUGCGGGAGGAAGCAGACUUAUUUAAAUUGUGAAUCAUGUUGUAGAUAGACCUCUUACCAUGUAUUAAUGUAAAGAGAAAAAAAACACUGAUUUAACUCCGAAUAUACAGAUCAUCAUGUAUCCUGUUCUGGAAAAAAAAGGUAUUUCGUGCAAAAGGAUUAAGGGCCCGACUCAAUCAGAUCUGCUUUAGCCGACAUCAGCAUAGCUGAUGUUUUGAUGUGUCGGCGGUGGAACUGUAUUAGAGCUGUCAAAUCAGCAGCAUACCACUGCUGGCUUGCCUCUGAAGCUAAGCAGGGUUGGUCCCUGGAUGGGA